ACUCCAAGUCCAACAAAGCCAACUAAAGUCCUGCCCCACUCCACACUCAUUCCCAAUUCUACUCCACUCUCUCCACUUCUUUUUUAACUGCAACUUUAUUUUCAUCUCAUUGAAUCAAUGCGCAACUGCUCCACCAAGCUGCUUCCCAAACGAAAACCCUCGGAAUCGGAUCGAUUUAAUUUGUGAUCUAGUUGGACGUGAUUGAUGGGUGGCGGAGGAGUGCAGCAGCAGCGGGAUGCGGCGGAGGAGCAGUAUGUGAAGGCUAAGACCUCCGUCUGGUGGGAUAUCGAGAACUGUCACGUGCCGAAAACGUGCGAUCCACAUGCUAUUGCGCAGAAUAUAAGCUCCGCUUUGGUGAAGAUGAACUACUGUGGCCCUGUAUCGAUAUCCGCGUAUGGGGACACCACUAGGAUCUCUUCCGGAGUUCAGCAGGCGCUUAACAGCACUGGCAUCGCGCUCAACCACGUUCCGGCUGGCGUGAAGGAUGCUAGUGAUAAGAAGAUUCUGGUGGAUAUGUUGUUUUGGGCUGUGGACAAUCCUGCACCCGGUACCUAUUUGUUAAUAUCUGGAGAUCGAGAUUUCUCAAAUGCUCUUCACCAGUUGCGUAUGCGCCGAUAUAAUAUUCUUCUAGCUCAGCCACAGAAAGCUUCUGCACCGCUUCUUGCAGCUGCAAAGAGUGUAUGGCUCUGGACUAGUCUUGUUGCAGGGGGACCGCCACUUGCAAAUGUUGAGCCUUCCCAAUUUGUUAGAAAUGGAACCGGAUAUAUAUCAAGCUCUGAAUCUUUGAACACUGAAACUGUUCAGGCAACCCAACCUAUGAGUUCUUUUCACGAAAGCGCCUAUAUGGGAAAUCCAAAAGUUACAAAUUUGGGAAGAGGAACUGACCCAAAAUAUAAAGGGAAACAAAUUCGCAGAAACUUCACUCAGCCUAAUAUGCCAAGAGCUUCAAAUACUAUGGUUGGAGUCGAAGAAGACUACAAUAAUAACAGCCUCCAACAACUGGUGUAUGGGCACCCUAUGCCAUUCAGCGAUGGUACUUACUAUCCCAAUAUUGCAACUAAUGGUCCUGGAUCAGCUUAUGUUCAUGGUAUUCCUGAUUCUUCAUGGACUAACAACAGUAACUCUCAUGGGUCUCACCAAAAUCAGUAUUCUCAGCCAGCAAAGGGAAAUUGUUUCCCAGUUGAACCUGCAUCGUUGCCAGUUGGCUCAACACUAGCUAAUCAGCAGUGGCAUCCUCCGAUUACAAUGCCAAGAUCUGAUUCACCAAACUUGAACUCUGGUAAUUCAACAUAUAUACCUGAUAUUGGCGGCUUAAGCAUGUCCGAGUACCCCAUGUACAACCACAACUCUCCUGGACCCCAACCACGAAAUGGUGGAGGGAAAAGACAUACUUCUAGUAAUUCUCCGAAUCGCACUGGCUUUAACAGUCCCCAAAAAGUAUAUAAUCCGCAGAAGAAAUCUUUCUAUCAGGAUGCAUCAGCUAACCAAUUAUCCCUUGGUAAUCAAGGGACUCCACCUCCGCCUUCUGCAGUGGAAACUGACGCCAUCUCUGAUUACAAUGUUUGGGGGACGUCUGAGUGCCCCAUGCCUUCUGAAAAUACGCAAGGUCUUAUUGGGGUGAUUCUUCUUGCUCUAAACACCCUAAAAAACGAGAAAAUUGUGCCAACAGAAGAAAACAUUACUAACUGUGUUAGAUAUGGAGAUCUCGGACAUCGGAAUACUGAUGUUAAGAAAGCUUUAACAUAUGCCGUAGAACAGCAGUUGGUGAUAAAGCAGCAGUUAGGUACCCUGCAGUUGUAUGUUGGGAAAAAUGAGAAACUUUGGCAAUGUGUAAAUCCUAUAGGCGGUAAUAUCAAUCACUUCUCAAAAGUGACAUGGGAUGAAAUUCAAAAAUUUCUUUCAUCCUCUGCUGGGCGAACUGCCAUACUCGAGACUCAAUGCAGGUAUGAGGCAGCUACAAUUAUGAAAAAGAUGUGCUUGAAAGAGAUUCCGUUAGGGGAGAUACUCCAAAUUUUGCACAUGGUAGUUAACAUGAAAAAGUGGAUUAUCUGUAAUUAUCAGUCAGGAUGGAAGCCAAUUAAGAUUACAGUAGCAGAGAUCAACCCUGAAUCAGGGUUGAUAGCUGCUACGUAGUCUCAUACAUAAGGUUGAAAUGGGAGGGAAGACAGGCCAAGAUUAUUUACAAGCUUGCAAGUGAUGUUGGUUGAUUUGCCUUAAGAAUCGGUAAUACCCGGCCUGCUGUUCCCUUCCUACACUUGGCUGCUAAUAAGCAGCCUGGGAUAGUGAAAAAUUGUAGUUAUUAUCUCUUUCUAAGAUGACUUUAAAUUGUUGUCUGCUAAAGGUUCACUUAUGCCGGAACCAUCAAGACUGUGGUAAAGCUUGCUGUGAAUCAUAAGAUCUGCCUGGAAUAUCCUGGAAUACUGAUCUCAAGUUAACCUACAUGCAUAUGAAGCUUAAGGAUGCUAUUCUCGAACCUGGCGAUAAAAUUUACCCACUGUUACUAGUAUAAGAUUCUGGUCUUGUGCCAUCUCUUGAAUAGUCAGGAAUGUUACUUGUCUGGAAGCUGCCCUCCUAUUGUGAAUGAAUCGAGUUGUUGAUUUUCCGCUCAAAUUAAGGAUUUCGGUGACUUGGCAGAAAGGGAGAACUAUGAUACCUAGAUUUGAGACAAAAGAAAUAGUUCUACAAUAACACUUGGGAGGAGCUUUUUUGGAUAUUCGUUAUAUUAGAGCUGCUUUUGGCCUCAACAGGGUUUUCUUAUCCAGCGCGGAUUCGGUUCUUCAGAAUGAAAUACAAAGGGGUUUCAAGAUUAUAUAGCACUGUGCAUUAGACUGUCAUGAUUGUUGGCUAUACAAUCCUGGAUCCAAAGAAAACAAUGGAUGUAGAAAACGUCAAGAUCUACAUAUGUAAUGUUCCUACCUCUGUCAACUAUGUAAAUAAGUAUCGCCGUCAUCUCUGCAAUGCCCAUGGCUUGGCCUAGCAGAGCCCCGAGUUGUGAAUUCGCAUGUUGCUCUCUAGUUUCAAUGGUAACAACUAACAUUUUACAUGAUAUCUCUAGUUUCUCAUGUUGUGGUUCUCGGAAAUCGAAUUUGAAGUGAGUUUUUGAAUUGUUGGGGUAUGAAACAUUGAAAUGGUUUGCUGAGUUUGUUGAA